GCUGCGCUCGCCGCGGCUGCCUCUACGGCCCCCGCCCGCCAUGAAGAGUGCGCAGCCCCUGGUCCUUUUCUCCCUGGUUGCCCUUUGCCGGCGCGGGGACUGCCGUGUGGCCAAUGCAGAGGAGAGGCUUGUAGAUGACCUUCUAAACAGAACCCGCUACAACAACCUGAUCCGCCCGGCCACCAGCUCGGCCCAGCUCAUCUCCAUCCAGCUGCAGCUGUCCCUGGCCCAGCUCAUCAGCGUGAAUGAGCGAGAACAGAUCAUGACCACCAAUGUCUGGCUGAAACAGGAGUGGACCGACUACCGCCUGGCCUGGAACAGCUCCCGCUAUGAAGGCGUGAACAUCCUGAGGAUCCCUGCAAAGCGCAUCUGGCUGCCAGACAUUGUGCUUUACAACAACGCUGAUGGAACCUACGAGGUGUCUCUCUACACCAACGUGGUGGUCCGCUCCAACGGCAGCAUCUUCUGGCUGCCGCCCGCCAUCUACAAGAGCGCCUGCAAGAUCGAGGUAAAGCACUUCCCAUUCGACCAGCAGAACUGCACCCUCAAGUUCCGCUCCUGGACCUACGACCACACGGAGAUCGACAUGGUGCUCAAGUCCCCCACGGCCAGCAUGGACGACUUCACCCCCAGCGGCGAGUGGGACAUCGUGGCGCUGCCCGGCCGGCGGACCGUGAACCCGCAGGACCCCAGCUACGUGGACGUGACCUACGACUUCAUCAUCCGCCGCAAGCCACUCUUCUACACCAUCAACCUCAUCAUCCCCUGCGUGCUCAUCACCUCGCUGGCCAUCCUCGUGUUCUACCUGCCGUCCGACUGCGGCGAGAAGAUGACGCUGUGCAUCUCCGUGCUGCUGGCGCUCACCGUCUUCCUGCUGCUCAUCUCCAAGAUCGUGCCGCCCACCUCCCUGGACGUGCCGCUCAUCGGCAAGUACCUCAUGUUCACCAUGGUGCUCGUCACCUUCUCCAUCGUCACCAGCGUGUGCGUGCUCAACGUGCACCACCGCUCGCCCAGCACGCACACCAUGGCGCCCUGGGUCCGGCGCUGCUUCCUACACAAGCUGCCCACCUUCCUCUUCAUGAAGCGCCCGGACAGCAGCCCCUCGAGGACCCCCCAGCGCUGCCAGCCUCGCCCGACCCGGUCCGAGGCUACCUCCGCCUCAGCCGUGGGUCCAGCCAGCGCCCCCAACCUCUAUGGGAGCUCCAUGUACUUUGUGAAUCCUGCCUCUGCAGCCCCCAGGUCCCCGGCCGGCUCCGGGUCCGGCUCCAAUGCGGCGGGCACAGCCCGGGGUUUCCGGCUGAGGUCUUCUGGGAGGUUCCAGCAGGAUGUGCAGGACGCAUUAGAGGGCGUCAGCUUCAUUGCCCAGCACAUGAGGAGUGAUGACCAAGAUCAGAGUGUCGUCGAGGACUGGAAGUACGUGGCCAUGGUGGUCGACCGGCUGUUCCUGUGGGUGUUUGUGGUUGUGUGUGUGCUCGGCACCGUGGGGCUCUUCCUACCUCCCCUCUUCCAGACCCACACACCCUCCGAGGGGUCCUAGUCUGCCCUGCCUG